AUGGCACCUUUCCUUUCAGGUGGUGGGUAUAGCUCCGAAGCUUGGUCUUAUAUUUUAGCACUUAAUGAAAACAUGAAAAGGGGAAGGUUUAAGUUGAGUAUUGAGCAACAUGGUGAUUUAGAAUCUUUGGAGUUUUGGGAAGGUUUGCCGCAAGAAACCCAGAAGUUGGCUAUUAAGCUUUACCAAACUGAAUGUAGAGUAAAUGAGACUAUUGUGAUUUGUCAUAGUGAGCCUGGUGCUUGGUAUCCACCAUUGUUUCAGACUAUGCCAUGUCCACCAACUGGUUAUAAAGAUUUCAACUUUGUUAUUGGUAGAACCAUGUUUGAGACUGAUAGGGUUAAUGUUGAGCAUGUUAAGAGAUGUAAUAGGAUGGAUUAUGUUUGGGUUCCUACUGAUUUUCACGUGUCUACAUUUGUGAAAAGUGGGGUUGAUCCAUCUAAGGUUGUUAAAGUUGUUCAGGCUGUUGAUGUUGAGUUCUUUGAUCCUUUAAAGUAUGAGCCUUUAGAUCUUGGUUCCAUAGGAAAUUUGGUUUUAGGUUCAAGGAAGAAGGAUUUGGAUUUGAAGAUGGAGUUUGUGUUCUUGAGUGUGUUUAAGUGGGAGUAUAGGAAAGGAUGGGAUGUAUUAUUGAAAGCAUACUUGAAAGAGUUUUCUAGGAUUGAUGGGGUUGCUUUGUAUUUGUUAACAAAUCCUUACCAUUCUGAUGGAGAUUUUGGGAACAAGAUAGUGGAGUUCGUUGAGGAUUCUGGCAUAGAGGAACCAGUUAAUGGUUGGGCUCCUAUUUAUGUGAUCAAUACGCAUAUAGCUCAGGUUGAUUUGCCAAGAAUGUACAAGGCUGCCCAUGCAUUUGUUCUCCCAUCAAGAGGGGAAGGGUGGGGGAGGCCUCUGGUUGAGGCCAUGUCGAUAUCUUUGCCAGUUAUUGCGACGAAUUGGUCUGGACCAACAGAGUAUUUGACAGAGGAGAAUAGCUAUCCAUUGCCGGUGGAUAGAAUGAGUGAAGUUAUGGAAGGGCCAUUCAAAGGGCAUCUUUGGGCUGAACCUUCUAUUGAUAAGCUACAACUUUUGAUGAGGCAUGUGAUAAGUAAUGUUGAGGAAGCUAAGAUGAAGGGAAGGCAGGCAAGAGAAGACAUGAUUAGAAGGUUUUCUCCUCAGAUUGUUGCUGGUUUUGUCACAGAUCUGAUAGAAAAUCUACUUGACAGGAUGAUUUGA